GUAUAGAUGUCAGUCGUCCGGCGGAUCUCGACGAGAACAGAUGUAAUUCGCGUGUCGAGUCUGUGAAACGAAACGCCGGCGAGCCGGUUGCAACAAUAGUUUUUAUUAACUUAUACUCACAAACAAACAGAACCUUAUCGCACCUGGCCCAUCGGAAUUCACUGAUUGCAACAUCAUUAGAUUUCGCGGCUUUAUCCGCAUGUAUCAUUCGUUCACUGCCGUGGCAGCCUUACUCGUAACCUGUUAUCAUUCCGCAUAAACUAUAAAAGAAGAUAACAAAGAAUAAUAUUUAAAAAGGGCAACGAUCUAAGGAAAGAUGUCUACUGCUUUACUAGCUGUGUUCGCCGUGAUCCUCUGUAUUCUGUUCAGGAUAUUGAACGUAAGCAGCUCACCACAGAAGCCCCUUCUCGUCUGCAAAGAUCAAUCUUUCCUUACGACAAUGUUGAAGAUCGCGCCGGUCAUCGCCGAACCAUACAAACCAACGAGAUUGUGGGGUUUUAGCGGACACGUACAAACCAUUAUUCACAGUGUCAUAGGGCGCGUUCGGUGCCCUUGGCCCAUUGGUGAACGCGUAUACAUCGCUCUUCCGGAUGAUACCACUCUUUCGUAUGAUCUCUAUCAGCCGCUGACCAACGGACAUGAAGAUGACAUAACGAUAGCUAUCUGUCCCGGUAUCGGCAACAGCUCGGAAAGUGUUUACAUCAGGACAUUCGUGCACUUUGUACAAUGUCAUGGCUAUCGAUGCGCGGUACUUAAUCACGUAGGAGCCCUUUCCAGUGUCAAGAUCACAGCACCAAGGAUAUUUUCUUACGGUCACACGGACGAUUACAGCACAAUGUUACAAAAUCUGAUAGAAAAGCACCCUAACACCAAAAUAGUUUGUAUCGGCUAUAGUUUGGGCGGUAAUUUAGUGACAAAAUAUCUUGGAGAACGAGGUCCCAAUAAAUUAUCCAACAUUAUAGGAGGAAUAUCGAUUUGUCAAGGAUACAACGCUCUCGAAGGAACGAAAAUUCUGUUAAACUGGCAAAACUUCAGACGCUUCUAUCUCUAUGUAAUGACAGAGUCGAUGAAGAAUCUUAUACUAAAGCAUAAAAAUAUGCUUUUGUGCGAAGAUGUAAAACAGAGAUAUAAUUUGAACGAACGUGACAUAAUUUCUGCGGCGACAUUACCCGAAUUGGAUGAAGCGUAUACAAGAAGAGUACAUAAUUUUAGAUCUGUACAAGAAUUGUAUAAAUGGAGCAGUUGUAUUUUUUAUCUAAACAAUAUCACCACGCCGAUGGUAUUCAUCAACGCAAUAGACGAUCCUAUCGUGCCAGAAGUAUUAUUAAAGCCAAUUAAAGAGCACGCAGCAAAUCAUUCAAACACAUUAUAUGUGGAAUUGGCUCACGGAGGUCAUCUAGGUUUCUAUGAAGGUGGUUUUCUGUAUCCCAAUCCUAUAACAUGGCUGGAUCGAACCCUAGUAUCUCUCGUUGGAUCUUUGACUCUAGCGCACGCGGAUAAAGCUCUUAAAACUUCUUAAUUUAAAUGAAUUUGGUUAAUAUAUUUGUAUUAUUGGGCAUAGAUUGGCAACACGUCAUAUACAUUCUAAUUUUGUUGUGAGAUCUGUCAAAUCAUUGCAUUUGGCCCACGUUCGAAAUCUGUGAAGAAAAUAAUGGAGAAUAGAAGAGAUGACAAAUUUAAAUUAGUAAAAAUAUUUGAUAUCUACUUAAGUCAUUUCAUGAAAUGAAAUAGACAAGGUUGCAUCUUUUUAUACAGGUAAUACAGGGAAAUAAGUGAUAUUGGAAGUGUAAUUGCAAAAUAACAAACAUUUGCUCAUUGAUAUUUUCAAAAUUGUUGUUUUGGAAUUCUAACUAAAUUUUAAGUAUUGCGCUAUUCUUUAUAUGAAAACAAUUAUAGUAAGUGGAAUUUUUGUUAUUAUACAAUUUAAUACAAUCAAAAUCAUAUGGCUUAAUUUUUCAAAAAAGAAAAACAAAAAAGAAAUAAAUAAAUUUUGCAUAUUUUACUAAAUACUAACGCUUCUUUCUCAGGGAUCUUCUAUAGGAUGACCAUUCAAUGACAGGACCUUUAAUGGUCGUUAAAACAUGUUGUUAGAACUGCUCACUGUAUAAGCGAUUAAUUAAUGAUAUGCACUGUCUGUUCAAUGCAAUACAGAGUAUCUUGUGUACUUUUCACUGAGAAGAACUUGUGUAUUUAUGUACAAUGUAUGUAAUAAUGUAGGAUAAAUAUUUACUUGAAACAUUUAUAAUUACAUUCUGAAAUUAUUAGCUUUAUAAAUAUGAGAAAUUCGCCAUAUAUUACAUAUGUGGAGAUAGAUUAUAUAUAUUGCUUAUUGAAAUCCAUAACUAUGGAUGCUAAUUAGAUUUAUAAAGAAAUCUAUAAAUCACAAAUUCAAUUUGUUAUAUAGGUCUGAAAUUUCGUAAAUGUAUUUGAGUGUAUAUACCAAACUUUGUAAAUAAUACUUUUCUAAGCUAGAAUUAUAUGUAACAAUUUUUUUUUUAUAAAAUCAAUUAAAAUUUACAAAUUUGAUUUAUUAUCAGUGGAUUAAUAGAUAGUAAAUUUGUAUAUUGCAAAUUUGUAUAUAAAUUGUAUGUUUGUAUAUUGGAUAAAAAAUGUAUAUGAAAUAAUUUAUAAAAAUGCAAUAGGCUAUAAAUGAUAUAUUGCAGAAGUAUACCAAGUGAUAUGUUACAUGAUAUUAUAUUGCACAUUAAAUUGAUAGUAUAUAAUAUCAGGAAUCUGAAAUUAGGAUCUGCAACUAUUGUAAUUCGAUAUAUUCUUAGUACUAUGGUGCAUAUUGAUGAAUAUAUAAUGUUUGAUCCAUUAUGUUCCAUAUAAUACAUAUAAAAUAUUUUAUUCGUCCAUAAAAUGUAAUAAAGUUUACUUUUAUAUGGAAUAUAGUAGAUUAAAAUAUGCUACAUCAGAUUGUACACAUAUCUUAUAUUUGAUGCAGAGAUAAAAAAAAUUAAAUAUUUCUUAAACCAUCAAUAUGAGUCCAUAUCGAUAAAGUUAAUGUGCAAUGUGCAAUAAUUUCUUAUGCUGGACAAUAUAUUUUAAUGGAUACAUUUAUAAAUUGCUACAUAUUUAUAGAUAUAUAUAUAUGACCACAUGGCUUAACUGAUAUUUAUUUUCUAUUAGAAUUGGUAAUGGUUUCUCAAACGGUACUAUACAUAACAUUAAUAAUGGCUGUAUAUACAAUCUUAUCUAACCGUGCGAUGUAAUUGACUACAUUUUUACUCUACUCAAACUAUUUAUAUGACGCGAAUGAUGUAUAAUUUACAUGCGAUUGAAUUGUAAUAUCGCGUAUUUAAUAAGGAUUUAGUUUGUUGAUUUAUUCCGGCAAGUUCCUGACCAUGAUAUCAUAGAUAAUGCAAGCAUUUAUUUCAAGAAUCAAACAUUUGAGCAGAUUCGCUUUCUAAUCCCAUGGAAGCAAUCGCCGUAAAUAAGUCGGUAUCAAAUUGUGUUGUAUCAAAUAUUACAUCACAUUUGUGAGUUUUAUUUGUACAAUUCACGUUCAGAAAAUAACGAAAGACAAUAAGACAUAAAAUGUACACGAAUAAAAUUUACGAAUAAUGCUUUUGAUUAAAAUAUUUUAUAGCAGGAAUUAUUAGAUAUGAUGAAAUUUCUUUAGAUACAUGAUAUGUAUUUAUUUUUCACUGUUAUGUUAUAAAUGGCCUUUUUUUAAUUUGACCAAUUCUUUUUUAUCAGCAAUUGUCUCUGCAUUUUCGAACAUAUAUAUUGACAUUAGCACAAAUAUAAGAGUAAGUCACACUAGAAACUGCCAUUUUCAAAUCUGAUGUUUUAUGGAAAAUAAAUACUGAAUAAAAUAUACAUUUUUAUGUCAUAACAUAAUAUCGAAAUAAAUUAUAAAUAUUUGCUAUUGAUUUUUUUGUGAUUUUCUCUUAAUACUUUUUAAUAUAGAAUGAUAAGAAGAAUCGAAAAUAUAUCUUUGUUUAAAAAGACAAAAAUAAAAAUUAUAAAUCUCUUUAUCUGAAACAAAACUGAGUUAUCACAGAAAGUUUCUUUUGGAACUAAGCAACUUUUAUCUUAUCAGAAAUACUUUUCCAUAAAACAUAUAUUUUAGAAUUUAUUGAAGAUGAUUUUAAAUAAUUUAUUCUUUAUAUAUUGAUGAUAUCAAUAGUACAUCAACAAUAUUUAAAAUACAAUAUUAACGAGGUUUGAUGUAUGUUGUUAAAUAUAUUACGAUACUAUAAAUAAAAAAUUUUAGGCGCUUAAAAAAUCAUGAAAAUACAAUGAUUUCAAUGUUUUUUCAGUUAAAAUUGGUCAAAGGUCAUUUUAUAAAGCAUUCAAGAAAUAAAUAGAAAAA